AUGUCUGCUGAAAGUAAUCAGUCAUCAGGAGAGUCAUCAUCUCUUCAGCCUUCUACCACUUCCCAACAAUCCACACAGACCUUAUCUUCAGAGGAAGGGGACACUGAGGGAGAGGAGGAGAGUUCAAAGGAAGAAUCUCCAUUUUAUGAAGAGGAAGAGUAUCUCGAGGAGAAUGAGUAUCUGGAGGAACAAAAGUGCCUUAAAGGAGAAUCAUACCUUUAUGAACAAGACUAUCUGGAGGAGAAAAAGUGUCUGCAGCAGGAAAAGAGUCUGGAAGAAAAAAAUUAUUUGUAUGAAGAAGAAUAUCUGGAAAGGGGUGAGUAUAUAGAGGAGGCCCUCCGAAAAGAUGGUAGCUUUAGUUCACCACAAAGCCCACCUGCUGGCAUCUCUCAGGUGACCACCUUCUUCACUAUCUCUCCUCCCAUCUUUGAAACUGCCAGCAAGUCUCAUUAUGUCACGAAGCCUUCUACAUCCUUCAUGAAGGAUGAUGGAGAAUCUCUGUCCUGGCAGGACCAGGGCACACAGACGGAAUACAUCUAUGAGACCAAGGUUGUGGUCACAGACAGAAGUGAGACGUCUCCCUUGAAGCUGUGUGAGCUUCUGGAUGAGCACAGCACGUUGGGAGGGGUCCUGGGACAGCUUUUUAAGAGCUCGUAUGACUCAGUGUUUAGGACCAUGAUCAAAGAAAUGGCUGCUCACAAUGAACUGGAAGAGGAUAUUUACAUUCCCCUGACUGGCCAUCUGGAGAGUGAAACCAGAAGGAAACUGGCAAUUCUGAUGAAGACAAAUUUUGAAGAGUACAAGGAAAAAAUUCAAUGGAUUAUGAAGAAACGUGAAAGCUCUGCUGUCACUGCCUUAACUUCUUAUAAUUUUAGAACAAGGACCCCUACAUUGGAAAAGUCUGAGAUAGAAAAAGCCAAAAAAUCUCAUCGUAUUGUUCAUAAUAAGAAGAAAUUAGAAGUAGAUACAGAGUGGACAAAAAGCAAUGUUAAGGUACCUCAAGGUGAUGUAAAAGUAAUUCUCUACCCCAAUGAGAGGAUAUUCCAAAUUCUCUUUCCUGAUGGAUCAGGCCAGAUACAUUAUCCGUCAGGAAACCUGGCUAUGCUUAUCCUCAGUACGAAAGAGAGUGAGUUCACAUAUAUCAUUCUGGAAGACAGUGAAGAAAUGUGUGUUCAGGCACUUAUCAAUAACUCUGGCCAUGCCACCUUCUAUGAUGAAAACAGAGAAAUCUGGUUGAACCUGAGCCAAAACCUGGGCUACUAUUUUGCCAAAGGCAAACCACAGAAGGCCUGGAACUGGUGGAAUCUGAACCUCCAUGUCCACGCGCCCCCUCUCCAGUCUAUCUCCUUAAAUAUCAACCAGUACAUCAAGGUACAAAUCAGGAGCCAAGAUAAGAUCAUCUUCCACUUCAUCCACCAAACAAAGCACAUUCGCUUAAACCUGGGCACCAAGUACAAGUUCAUACUCCCAGAGAUGCUGAGUGAAAUGAAGAAGAAAGCAAUCCUGGAGGUGGAAUUCAGUUCAACGGCUCGCAAAAUCCAGAUCCUUCUGGGGAAAAUGAGCAGGAUCCUGAAUUUCCUGACCAUCUGUGAUUUGGAAAACUUCUUAGAGGGCACCAAGAUCUUGCCAACUGAUGAAGUCCCAACCUUGUUUCCUGCCCUGGAUCUGCUGGACAACAUGGGUCUGAGGGGAACAUCUUCCCUCCCAGACUAAGGCAGUCACCACACUGUCCCAGGGCUCCUCCAGCACCAGCUGAGUGUCGCUGGGAGAUGAAGUCGUCAGGAGUGCCAAGAACACCCAAAGUCUCAUUUAUGUCUUUUGAGAGUUGUUUUAUAAUUUGGGGCCUGUCAUACAUAGCAACCUGGUUUGAAAAAGAAAAGUCUUUUGAGGUUCUGACAGAAUCUGUGGCUGGGGACAGAAAGACUUAAUAUUCAGCCCUGACCUGACAGCAUUAGAAGCAAAAUAUUUCAGUAGGCAAUAUAUGUCCACACCUGUCCUGCUCACUCCUACCAGUCACUGGAAUGCAGAAGUUCUUUUUGUGACCUUCCUGUACUUGGGUUGACUUAGGACAUAGACUGUUUCAAAGUCUAGCUCUGUUGAGUGUUUGCUGUGUGAACCUUGGGCAAGUAGCUUUAUGCCUCAGUUUCCUUAUCUGUAAAAUGGGUCUAGAAAUAGUAGCUCUCACUAACCCUGACCUCAUCACAACCCGUUCCUUUCCCCGCAAUCAGGGAAAAGGGAAACCUAGACAGCAAACCAACACCAGCCUGCAGCAGUUCCCCCAAAGCAGGAGACAACUGAAGCCCAAAAGGACCCACAGUAACCCCCCUCCAAGAGUUGGAACCAUUUUAGUCACUGGUAAUAGUCACCGACUCAAGUAGGUAAAACAAAAUGGGAACUGUGUAAUCUGGAUGUAAGAUACGAU